CCGGCAGAAGAGAAGGAGCACAGCACACCUCAGCUGCGAGUGAUCCAUCUUGUUCCUGAGAAUCUGCACGCGACCAAAAGCAAAACCCACACCGGCUCUUCUUCCUUCUCCGCCGAGAGAGUCAUCAUCUUCUUACGCAUGCUAGCCAGGCUGCCAUGAGAGAACCUGGAUGCCUCACCGGGAGGCUGCCCCUGCCGUGAACGAGCUUUCUCCGGGUUUGGUGACCGAAUGCAUGUGUGGGGGAAGGAACUGCCUCUCGUUCUCUCGCCCAACAAACCCUGCCUCCUCGGGACGUUCUGAGGGGUCUUUUCUCCACAUUAUCAGAUGCUGGUCACUGAUCAGCAACCCACCGCCGACCCUCUUGAGUUUGCUCGCCCUUCUCAAUGCCCGCUUCUGCUUUGCCCUGAUCUGGCAGCGAGAUCCCUCAAUGCCCUACUCUUUCAUUGUUCUCUGCCAUGAGGGCCAAUGAUUGGUCUGGAAUUCCCUAAAAAUACUUCUUCUCUGCUUUCUAUUUGUUCCUUUUUCCAUCGUUUCCCAUGCUUGUCUUACCUGACCCCCGUGCCGAGGUGGAAACACCAGAUUUCCCAUUCAGCGCAUAGACGAUUGCCCGGUGUUCGGGUCAAUUUAUCUAUCGUAUUUCUCGUUUCUUGUUGCUGGGCAGUGUUGUGUCUGCGGAAUACGUCUUCGCUCAGCUUGACUGGUUACCUAAUCAGCUGUCUGAGCGCUCCAGGGACAGCACACAUUGGAAUGAGGCUGGGUUCGCCUCGAGCGGGACCAUCUGAUUACUCGGGCAUCGACCCAGACUACACGGGAAGCUACCCUGACGAGUCCUUGGUAGACUGGGACGGGGCUCAAGGCAGCACCGUCUACACACCGGCACCCAGCAGCAGUUCGAAGAAGAGCCGCAGCAGCAAACGGUCCAAGUCAAGCAAACUCACGAGUUACUCGGGCUCAGACACCGAAACAGAAGAAGCCAAGAUGUCUUCACGAUCAUCCAAGUAUUCGGGUUCCACCAGCUCCAAGAAGGAGAAGUCUUCGUCACCGAGAUCAAAGGAGUCUGAUGACUGGAGUGCCGUGACUGACCCGGAGAUGAGACGCCGGAUUCAAAAUAGGAUUGCUCAGCGCAAGUUCAGGGACAAGGCCCGUGAGCAAAAGGAGCGCGACCAACGCGAUGCCCUUAAUGAGCAAUAUGCCGACAGUAGCUACCGCAUCCGCAGUGCCGAUGAGUUGGUGGACGAAGGGGAUCUGGCAUGGGGCAGCUUCAGCAUGGGCUACAUGCUCUCCCGUGGGCAUGAAGCUGCCAGUGCGGGGCAACGGACUCACAGUGGCGGGAGCAGAAGGGAGUCUGACCUCGUGAUGGAUCAGGCCAUGUAUAGCAGCCAUAGCAUGAGCCCUUACCCACCGACAUCAAUGGGCAUCCCGACGACCUCGGGCUAUACCAUGGGGGGGGGUGCCAGCUGGGGCGGGGACGGGGCAAGCAGCGGAGGGGGUGAUGUUGGGUACUAUGAUUCGCCUUAUGGUGGGUACUAUGAUGGCACGGAACACCGUUGAGAGACAGACACAUGGAGAGGCUAAAAAAGGGGAAGGUGAAGUGGGGAAGCAAGACAGUGUUUGAGCUUGGAGAGGAAAUGAUAUGCUCUUCAACGGUAAACUUUCCCCCAGUCGAUGGAGAGACUGCGAGACACUUUCUUCUCUUUGGUCAGGGCUCAUGCAAGGAGGUUUCUUUUCAGCUUGGUUUUCUUUCUGUUUUUGGUCACGGCGAUAGAAACAUUUUGACCUUUUUGGUGGUCAGUUUCCUGUUUUGUAAGGGUUCUUCAUUCUUCUUGAUCAUUUUGGGAUUUGUUUGCUUCUAUAUGGGACAGGUUUUGUUUGAUCUUCACUUCUUGUUUGUUUUUUCUCUCGGAUGGUUUAACGUUUAGGUAUACCCCCUUCCUGGGCCCUUUUGGUUGGACGGUUGUUUAGAUUCAACUCAAUGGUUAUUUUUUCUCCAAGGUCACAGGUUGGUUUGGGUAUAUGGGGAUGGAUGGAUGGGAACGGGGGACGGGGGAAUUAGUCAUGACUUUUUGGUUUACACACUCUGCU